AUGGCUUCCAUGGAGAAGCGGUUGCAGAAAGAGCUCCUAGCUCUAACAAAGGACCCACCAGCUGGUGUGAAGGUGGAUUCAAAAAGUAUAUGCACAAAUCUUUCUGAAUGGACCGUUGACCUAGAGGGUGCCCCUGAAUCUAUUUAUGAGGGAGAAAAGUUCCAGUUAAUGUUUAAAUUUGGUGCAAGAUAUCCAUUUGAAUCGCCUCAGAAACGACCACCAGAUAAUGCAUUUUAUGUGAAAACAUGCAGCAAAAAUCCAAAGAAAACUAGAUGGUGGUACCAUGGUAAGAUUGAUAAUGAUUUUAAACUAUACUGA